CUCAACACGGUCGGAUUAGUAGGUAGCACAGGAAGCUGCGCCAUUGGCGCCAAUAACAACAACAAGCAGAUACUAACAGACAGCUCUAAAUUUCGCUAAAUUAUUAUUCAGUUGGGAAAUGUAUUUUAAUUUCUCCAAUGCUGUGGAGACUAAUGUUAUAACAUGAAUGCUAAUGGUCUAUGAAGCAUUUUUAACGUAAACUUUGAAUCGUAUUGUUUGUUUGAAUGUUAGCUAACCGGUUGCACAGUUCUUUUAAGUAAGGUUGACCAUGUCUAAAGGAGAAGGAGCGGGCUUCAUUGUGAAGUUUGUGGAAAGUAAAGGACAAAGAACAGAGCAUGCAGUCAAAGCUUAUGAGGCCGUUUUGGAGCUGCAGUCUGAAAAGUACUUGAAAACCAUCGACGAAGAUGCUGUCUUACAGAUGGACCAGAAGGACAAGUCUCUGUUUGUCUUCAGCAGCUUCACCACCCCAGCUUUUCUGCACUGCAAAAAGCUUGGUUGCAGAGUGGUGAGUCCACUGGUGGUGUUGUACUGCCUGAAGCAGCAGCAUUGUGUCCCCAAAGCAGAGAGGCCUGUCUAUAACAUGGCCAUGGCUGAUAUCACCAUUUCCUGCACCAGCCUGGAUAAAGCAGCACGGACAGAGGUGAUGGAUCUGGUGCAACUCAUGGGUGGACGCGUCUAUCUUGACCUAAAUGUAUCUGUCACACACCUGAUAGCAGGAGAGGUGGGCAGCAAGAAAUACCUGGUAGCUGCCAGCUUGGGUAAACCCAUCCUGUUGCCCUCAUGGGUCAAAGCCUGCUGGGAGAAGUCUCAGGACUGUCUUUUCAGGCACACAGAUCUACCCAUUGAGGACUAUUUGUGUCCUGUGCUGCGUGGCUGCACUGUUUGUGUGACGGGACUCUCUAGCACAGAGCGUAAAGAGGUGCAGCGGCUCUGUGAGCAGCAUGGAGCAAACUACACUGGUCAGCUCAAAAUGAAUGAGUGCACGCACCUCAUCGUUAGUGAGCCAACAGGUCAGAAAUACGAGUGUGCACGGAAGUGGAAUGUGUAUUGCGUGUCACUGCACUGGCUGUUUGACAGCAUAGAGAAGGGUUUUUGUCAAGACGAGAGCAGGUACAUUGUGGAGCGCAACGCAUCAAAGACCACUCGGCCGCACACUUCCACCCCAACUGGCACCAACAAGAAGGAGGAGGGUCCAUCUCUGUUGGGUUUGAGCCACAUUUCUGUCAAUGCCAGUAUGACAAUAAAUGACACAGCCGUCACCAACAGCACCAUCAGCCGCCUGGAAGCUCCAGACCCCAUAGAUAGUCUCGACCUCACUGUCUGCCCAGCUGAUGAUAUACUGGAUGGCUGUAAGCUGUAUCUGUGCGGCCUGCCAGGGAAGAAACUGGAAAAGCUGCGGCGUCUUGUGAACGCUGCAGGAGGUCUGCGUUUCAACCAGCCUAGUGAGGAACUCACACAUGUGGUCAUGGGUGAGCUGGACCAGGACAUCAAGAACUUUCUCUCCAAAGCAACACACAGACCCCAUGUAGUGACAGUGCAGUGGCUGUUGGAUAGUUUCAACAAAGGCAGUCAACUCCCAGAAGCAGCUUACUUCCACCCUGACUGUCUGCCUCCGGAUGCAGCUGCUGUGCCUGUGCCCGCCCAUCGUACUCCCACCUCCAGGGCAUCAGCUGGUCCCCCUGUGGCCAGCCCCAUCACUCCCAGGCAUAAGAGAGCAGAGGAAGAUCUUCUCUCACAGUAUAUGGAUGAUGACCCUACAAUAGUUGACAUGCCCCCACCAGCAGAAAGUAACAGCAGGAGGUCUAUCAGUACAGCUGCAGAGCCUCAGCCUGAUCCCUGGCUACCAAACCAGACCAGAGGACCGGAGCCAGAAUCAACCCAGCAGGAGGCCAGCGAGGCAGGCCUGUUUUUCGGGAAAUGUUUCCUUCUUGUUGGCUUUGGUGCUGAAGCCGAGUCCCAGCUCUCUCUUCUGGUGACUGAAAACGGAGGCAGGGUGCUGAUGGGCCGGACACGUGUCGUGGCAGACUACGCGGUGGUCCCACUGUUAGGCUGUUCAGUGGAGUCCACAGUGGAUGAGGUGGUCACUGAUACCUGGCUGGCCAUGUGUGUGGAGAAGGAGUGUGUUCUCCAGCUGUCCUCCAACCCUCUGUUCACCCCUGUUCCUGUGAUGGAAGGACAUUUUCCUUUGAAAAACUGUGUCCUCUCUGUCAGCCAGUUCACCGGAGCAGAGAGGGAGUCUUUGGUGGAGCUAGCCAAGCACCUUGGAGCCAAUGUCCAGGAUUACUUUGUGCGCCUGGCCAACCAGAAGAAAGGCAUGCUGGCCAGCACUCAUCUGGUGCUGCAGAGCCCUGAAGGCACAAAGUAUCAGGCAGCAAAGAAAUGGGGGCUCCCAGCCAUUACCAUGAAAUGGAUACUGGAGUCUGCUCGGACUGGCCAGAAGGCAGAAGAGGAGCGUUUUCUGGUAGACCUGCCGCCAUCACCAGAGAGGGAUGAUGAGAGUUUUGUCAGUGGUUCCCAAAAGCCCUCCAUGCCUCCACCAGCAUGUCCGUCUCCACGGAUCCCUUUGCUGGGUCCACAGGGUGGUAAGGCUGUUACCCCGUUGGAUUUAGGUCGCUUCCGGAGCAAAGUGUUUCAUUCUGUGUUGGACAAGAUGAAGCCUGAAGAGGACGUCUGCACCCCCAAACAAAACCAGGAGGGCAGCAGAAGGAACCCCCUUCAGAAGGAGCCCUCGUUGCAGCUGGAUACUCCCUCUCGCUUCCUCAGCAGAGACCAGCUUUUCAGGCCAUCCUUCAAUGUUAAGGAUGCGCUGGGAGAGUUGGAGACUCCAGGGGGAAAAUCCAUACCAGGAGAGAGGGUGGGGACGCCACUGACUGAUGUCAUCCACAGGAACCUGAAGGUGGCUCUGGCCAACAGCAGCCGAAAUAACAACUCAGAUAUGCAAGCCAUCUCUGCGAGCCCCCAGUUAUCCAAAACAACUGAGACGGAGGUCUCAGAAAAAGAAGUUGGCCCUCUGGCUGGUGUUAUUAUAUGUGUUGGAAAGAAGCUGAGCAAAAUGCAAAGUGAACUCAACGCCAUCGCUGCCUCACUCGGAGCUGACUUCAGAUGGGCUUGUGACGAUACAGUGACACACUACAUCUACCAGGGCCGUGUGGGAGACAACACCAAGGAAUACAGAGGAGUGAAGGAGCGAGGGCUGCAUGUGGUCUCCCAGUACUGGCUUCAGGCUUGUGCUGAAGAGCAGAGGCACGUCCCUGAGUCUCUUUAUCCUUUCACCUACAACCCCAAGAUGAGCCUAAACCUCAGCCAGGUGCCCAACUGCUCUCAGAGGUCUCCAACUUCAAGGCGAACCCAACACAAAGACAUCUCAGAGUCUGAACACGUUGCCACAGAAGAAGCUACAAUUUUACGUCGUGUAAGCGAUGGAAGUGCAAAUCAGGAAGAGGUGCGUGAUGCUGCAGAUAGAAGUGAUAUUUCAGAGACUCUAGAAAUGAGAGAGAACCUGCACAGACAGCUUCAGGAGAUCAUGUCAGCCACCAAAAUAACGACAGGCAGGCGGGCCUCAGUCAGACUCAGCAGGAUGGGAUCAGGAGGGGCUGACUCUGGCCCCAACACACCUGAUGGCAGCCGGGUUGGGCGCACUGGGAACAGACGUACUCUGGAAGCUCUGCGGGUUUCAAGAGAAGCAGCUAUGGACAUCAACACAGAGCCAUCUCAGAGUGAGCAGAUAGUUUGGGAUGACCCUACAGCGAGGGAGGAGAGGGCCAAGCUAGCUGAUAACCUACAGUGGCCUGGAAGUCCCUCACAACACUCGGAUUCCCUCGCAGGUCCACCUCCUCCAACUGCAGAAAACGGCCCUCAGUUCAGGGACUCCAUGACAGACUCUGAACUGGUGGAGAUGGCUGCUUGUGAUGUCAUCGACCAGCACAUGCGCCAGAAAGUCAAAACGCCACCAACAAAGCAGCGAGAAAAUGACCUCCUCACUCCUGAAGCCCCCAGCAUCGCCUUUCCUCUCGCAAACCCCCUGGUAGCACCAGAGCCUCAGGAGGAGCACGAGGAAGCAAAGCAGCCACCCAGAUUUCAGCUGUCCUCCCUCAGCCCGCAGGAACGCAUUGAUUACAGUCACCUCAUAGAGGAGCUCGGUGGUGUAGUCCUGGACAAGCAGUCGUUCGACCCCAGCUGCUCCCACAUCAUCGUCGGGACUCCUCUGCGUAAUGAGAAGUACCUGGCAGCGAUGGCAGCUGGCAAAUGGAUCCUGCACCGCUCGUACCUGGAGGCCUGCCGCUCCGUGGGUUGCUUCAUCCAGGAGGAUGAGUAUGAGUGGGGCAGUAGCUCCAUUCUGGAUGCGUUGCCUUCCAUCACCUCCCAGCAGAGGAGACUGGCCUUAGCUGCCAUGCGCUGGAGGAAAACCCUGCAGGGAAGAUCUGAGCAGGGGGGAGCCUUCAGUGGAUGGACAGUGAUGCUGAACAUCGACCAGAGCAGAGAAUCAGGCUUCAGGCGGUUACUGCAGUCGGGCGGGGCGAAGGUCCUGCCGAGUCCCUCCCCGUCUUUGUAUAAGGAUGCCACUCACCUGUUCGCAGACUUCACUCGGCUGAAGCCAGGAGACUUCAGAGUCGAUGUAUCGGUGGCUAGCAACCAGGGAGUCACAUGCUUGAAACCAGAAUACAUCGCAGACUACCUCAUGCAGGAGCCAACCCCGCCCAUCGAGCUGUACUACCUGACCGACGCUGCCUCUGAAGAGCCUGCGGGCACACCGUCACGUAAGCGCAAAGCAGCAGUUGACAACUCAAGGCUGAAAAAGACGCGCCUGAACUAAAAUAUCACUAAUAAAUAUUAUCAAUGAAAUCCUUAUGCCUGUGAAAAUGUUUGUAAAUAAGAUGUUUUUUUUUUUAUUUCUUUAAAAUAAAAUAAAUGUAGCACCA